GCCGAAGGUAUCGGUGUUUGGUAAUGAGUAAAGAUCUACCGCGUGUCUACGUUCGAAAAUAAGAGAAUCUCGUGGAAAAGCGACUCCUUACACGCGUGCCUUAUACGUGUUCGAACGAAAGAAAAGAAAUCAUCGACGCGAGCAAAUAUCGAUAUUCAAAGAGGAAACCAUAGGAAGAGUAUAAAGGGUAAAUGAAGAAAUCGCUCGGAAGAAAUUUGAUAUUCGGCGAAAGAACCGUAUUAAAACAUCGGACAUGGAUUUAACGUUACAACGAAAUAAUGAAAAUUGAGGUUGAAAAAAUUUAUUUGACGACGCAGGAAGAAGGGAAAAUGUAGAAUGAGAGAGCAGACGAAAAGAAACGAAGUAAAAGUUCGCAUGUACGGUACGCAGGUUUCGAGAGAGGAUGGAGACUCGUUCAUGGAAUUACAAAUCAUCGAAAAGCUGUGCGCAAAACACAAAGACAGGGAUGGAAAUUCGUUGAAAAACCUAUUCUAUUCGUUACAAGCUCGUGUCGAACUCGGCUCGUGGGCAAACGACUCACGCGGCCGUGAAACGAAGAGUUUCUCGACUCGCGCACGUACUAGUUGGGUCAGCCGUAUGCGUGUACGUUACGAUCAAAUACCGAAAACGGGCGGGGGGGGGGGGGGGAGGGGGAGGAGGAAAGAAUUAAAAAACCUAUCUGCCACGGGAUAAUAAAAAGGAAGACGGGUCUGCGAAUGCAAAGAAGGAAAAAGGAGGUAGGGUGAAAGAGAGUGGCAAAGGGAGGCUAAGGGUUGGUAAGAGGGUGUGGAGAAAGAGGCAAGAGAAAAAAGGAGAAGCAGAGAAGACGACGAAGUCGAGGAGGAGGCAGAGAACGAUGAGAACGAUGACGAGGACUAGGACGAGGACGAGGCGGAGAGAGAAACGCGAAUGCGAACGCGAACGGUCCUACUGGUAGAAAGGGACGUCCCACGCGGACAGGCAGUAGUGGUAACGCACAUAUUGGCCAGACGUUUGUGUGAGUCGUUGGAAAAGCUAGAUGGCGAGGUGGAAAGAAAAUCGCUCGCAGGCUAUUUUCCGGAGGAAUUUUUAUUGGUAGAUCCGCCAUGUUGAGGGUGAAGUAGGGGUAGACGGAGCAGCGGAGAACAUGCCAGGAUUGGUGGUUGUCCGGGUAACGCAUCGUUCGAGCAUCCAAUAGGGUAAAGCGAGGAGAACCUCGUGCUUUCGUUGCCCGACCGAGCACGGGGGUGAAAGGGAGCGCUGGUUACAGGCAACAACCCCCUACCAUGGAAGCAGCCCCUCUAAACGUUCUCUGUCCCCCCGCAGAGUCACCGGGAUAACUGCAUUUCGUGGACAGAAUCCCACAAGAACUCACGGCGAGCGGUCGCCCCUCUAACACGGCCGACUCUCCUAUCGUUUCGGCUUUUUCCUCCACGUAACGCGUUACGUACCACGGUACGAAGGAAGGGCGCGAGUCAUCCUGGACGCUUCCACCUCGUCCUCGUCCUCGUGCUCGUAUCCGUACUCGUUUUCGUCUUCAUCUUCGUCCUUACCUUCGUCUUUGCCCGCGUCCACUCUUCGUCCGUGUCCUCGCGACGCUCCACGAAUCUCGUUCCCCGCGCGGUUUCCAUCGGGCGCGCGCCAUUUCUCCGCAAUUAUUUCGAUAUUUCAAUUUUCAAGGGCAUACCCUGCUGCCUUCGUGAUACUUACCCUACCCCUCCCACUUCUUCUGCCCUCCAAUUCUAACCCACCUAAUUGCAUCGACGAGAUAAUAAGAUUUGAAUUUCGAAUCGAGGCCACGGUAGCGGUAACGUCCGCUUCUCAUUAAACAGCCGCGCUCUCCUCUCUUUCUCUCUCUCUCUCUCUCUUUUUCUCUCUUUCGUCUUCUUCCUUCUUCUUCCUCUACUUUUUCCUAGCUCCACAUCCGACAUCCACGUGCGUCUCUCGGCCAAACGAAACGUUUCUUUUCUCCUUUCUCAUCGCUUUCUUUCCCUUUUGUCUCUCGUUCGUCGGGUCGACCGCAACGUCGCUGGAUUCUCCGAGAACAUCGUUGGGAUUCGACGCCACGACGCUUCCCCGUGAACAUUGGCGCACCCGCACGCAAACUUGGAUCAAUCGGAUCGUCAAAAGCAGCCUACCAGGAUUUAAGAUCGAUAAGAGUACGCUGUCGCUCGCGAUCACGAAAGGACAAUAUCGCCAUCUCUACAGCUAUCGCAAGUUACUAACUGGCACGAAGACUACGGAGGAUAGUGAUCUUGUAUUUGCAAGACCAACGCUCCGACGAAUACGUAAAUAUCAGGAUAGAGUUUCAAACGUGAAAUUAGUGUACUUCUGGAUGAUUUCGCAAACCGAGCAAGGAUCCCAAUUACUCUUACACGUUACAACCUUGAGGAUAAAAAACUGUGAAAAUCGUUGGAGAAACGAUUGCUGGAAUUUGAAGGAUUCACGAUCGAAACGAGAUUAGUUUCUGAAAAGUGUCGCCGAUAUUGUGUUAAAGAAGUGAAACUCUCGAAUAUGUGUGAACGGAAAUAACUGUUUCUAAAAUUACCAAAAUUACCAAGAUUACCAAGUUACCUUUUUCGUCCACCAGAGACUACGCGUACUUUAAAGUCUUAGAGAACGUACCUCUGAAUUCUUGCUCGCAAGUAAACAUCGCGAUCGUUGCUUCGAGUCACCAACGAAUCGACGCGUUGUCACGUAAAUAUGUGAUUUCGCGAAUCCAAUCGAACGCUCGAAACGUCAUAAACACAUGCUAGUACACGUUUGAAAAUUCCCAUUCGAACAUCGACAUAUAAAAUCGUAUCGCUCAGAGACGUAACGAUAGACGUCUGAACGAAAAGCAACGACGAACGAUCGCUCCGGAAAGGAUCGAGUCUAAAGUCUAAAAGACGGAUCUCUCAGCACGUCCAAGCGAGAAGCUUCGAAGCACGUAAUCGACUCGAAAGCCGCAAAGACAAACCUUCCUCGUCGGAUAUAUCCAAGAACGUAAAAUUUAUACGCGGCAGGUCUGUCGUGAGAAUUUCCUAAUUCCCUUAGCGCAGGAUUCGUCACCGCAAAGAAUCGGAGGAUCUGGUAUCCGAAAUCAUGACCAAUCUGCGUUAAGAGACUUAGAAAGCGAGACACGUCCGUCGAAGGAGUCGACGAGUAAGAUACGCGCACGACGAGCCUGUGCUAGGACAUUUAGAUAACAGGAUCGACCCCUGGAAGGGAUCGAGGAAUUGGACAAAUUUCGGAUUUCGUGGAAACAGAGAAGAGAAGAGUGCGAAAGAUCGGAAAAAAUCGAUCGUGGUUCCGCCUCUAGAAGGGGAACGACAGAGAAUGUCUUGGUAGGUUGUGAAAGAACAACAGGAGCACUUGGUACGAGAGACCUCAACAAGGUCAACCCGGCAUCACCCUGGCUAACGACCUGUCUGGAGGUACCGGGGGUCCCGGUGCAGGCGGCGUCGGUUCCGUCGGGGGCACCUCCGUCGGCGGCGGCGGCGGUGGCGGUUCAUCGCUCCCGACGACCGCCCUCAGCCUCGAUCAUCAGCAGUUCAACAUCUUCCCUGCGAUCUUUAGCAGGCAGUUGAACUUUUCCGCGGCGGCAGCUGCGAACUGCGGUCAAAACAAGCUGAUGGACGAACUGAGGCCGAAUCUCGGUUUGCUCGGCGUUGGACUCGUCGAGAACGAGAGCUUCCACUUGAAUCACAAUCAAGAGAAGAGAAAGUGUAGCAGCACGAGCUCGAACGAGCAAGAUUUCAGCCUUUACGGGGUUCACCAGGGUCUCGAAGCAAGCCCGCCGACACCAGCCGCGACGCCUGGAAGGAGCAGCGUCGGGGCUACUUCUUCCGUUGGCGCGGAAGGAGCUUUUAAAAAGUUAAAACCCGACCCUUGUGCUUCGAGUCCUCACAUCGGCCAUACACCUACCACCGCCAGUUGUCCAACACCCGCUCGACGACGGCACAGGACCACUUUUACGCAGGAGCAGCUGGCAGAAUUGGAAUCGGCAUUCGCAAAAUCUCAUUAUCCAGACAUAUACUGCAGAGAGGAAUUGGCGAGGUCCACGAAAUUGAACGAGGCUAGAAUUCAGGUCUGGUUUCAAAAUAGAAGAGCGAAGUAUCGGAAGCAAGAGAAGCAACUUCAGAAGGCCCUGACUCCGAUUCCUGCUUGCCAAGGUGCCAUGAUGAGGAAUAUUUAUCCAGGUGCCAGCAGAGGUUAUCAACCGUAUCCUCAUCCUCACAAUAGCAUAAAUGGAAUAAAUCGCUACCCUCAGAUGAGUACGACGUCCUAUCCAAGUAUGACACAACCGUUUUCUAUGUCACAUUCAGCGUCGAAUAUGUCUGCAGUUACUGGUAUGAGACAAGAUGCGAUGGGCAUGUCAGCCGAGGACGAGUGGUACAACAAGAGUAUUUCCGCUCUAAGAAUGAAUACGGCUCAUCAUCCCAACCUCGCUGCGCCAAUGUUGCAAUAUCAAACAUAAUUGUAAACAUUAUAUGAGUGGAUCAGACGAAAUCGUUACGAUAUAUAUAUAUAUUUGACUGCAUAUCUUCAUUCAGGCAACUUAGCACCGCUAAAACGUGUUGUCAAGAGGAGACGAGAUUAUCUCUCGACGCUAUGAAGUACAUUUAAGAGAACAGUGAAACGAAAUCAAAUUAACGCGAAUCUCGUGACAUUUUGCACAAAAAGAGACGAAAAGUCGAAUUUACGAUAGACACGAAACAAUAUCGUGUUGAACGGUUUAAACAUCUUACCAUGAUUAUUCGUUCAUUAAUGUUACGAUAGAAAAUCAGCUCUGACUAUUGCGUUUCAGUUAAUGAGAUAUGAUUUCUAACAUUUCGUCGUAAUGUUAAUGAUAUUUCGACAAAAGUAACUUUGUUAAUAUCAUUUGGUAUUAUUGGUAAAAGAAAGUAAGAAAUAUUAUUCAUGUGCGGUGUUAUGCAUACACACGGAUGAUAUGUAUAAUUUCAUUAAACACACAUAUUCGCACAUAACAUUAUAAUUAUUAGUGAAAAUGAUUAUGUAUGUACACAAUUUUCUAUUAUUCUGUACAAAGCGUGAUAUACAUAUUUCGAUCGAACUUUCAAUUCUUAAAUUAAGUGAUACAUGUCUGUAGGAUCGGAAGGAUUUCAUUUUUCGUAACGAUAGUAGAAAUGCAUAUUGCCGCGUAAAGCAGUUUUGCAUUUGAAUUUAUCCAGAUUAUUUCUAAAAUGUCGAUAAAACCGGUUCUUUUGUUGUUCGUUCGUUUUAUUUUUAUGAUACAUAGUUUCUUUCCAAUGCUGAUAAAGGCAAAGUCAGUGACUAAAUGAAACAAACUUAUAUUUCAUGUUUUCUUCCUUCUCUAUCUUUUUAUUCUCCUUUUUUUCUUUUUUGACACAGCACGCGCUACGCAUAACUAACAAUUAGAAUAAUCAAUAUGCACGCAGAGUGGAACUCGAUACGCGCACAAUCCACGUAAUCUUUUUGUUAGUUUCUUAACAACGAUCCAAAACAGUUUCGUUAACAGAGGAGAUUGUAAAUAAGGAAGAGAUACGUAUACAGUGUAAUCAACAGAUAUUCUAGCAUAUGCGAUUUUUCAAUGUCCUUUUAAAGAUAUAAGCAUACCUAAACUUAGUGGAAUAUUAGGUAUUGAUUUGUGUGCUUAUGUUGGCCAGAGUUUUAAAUAAUCAGGAUGAGAGACGAGGAUAACUGACAAUGUCUUGCGUUUGAAAUUUGAGAGACGCCAGGGGUCUAAAUAAAUAAUUACGUGAAGUUCUAUACACAGUUCCUUUUUUUAUCUUAAAUAAUUUUACACCAAAUCUUAUAUAUAUAUAUAUAUAUAUAUAUAUAUAUAUAGCCAUACUUUAAGACUUAAUUCGUUAACAAUGUUGUAAAAUUAUUUUACUUAUCAGAUACAAUGGUUUCAAAAUAUCAAAUGUAAAUCGGUAUUUGCUUUUAAUCUUAAUCGAAUUCUUAAAGUAUCAAAAUAAAGUUACUUUAUUUCAAAGAAAAUACACAAUUAUGUAUCUAUCUACAUCUACAUCUUGUUCACAUAAUGUAGAAGUUGUAUACAAAAUUACAGAUAAAAUUUUAUUGCAAAUGUAAAUAUAUCUCUUGGCAGUUUCAUAUUUAAUGCCUUUCUGGCUUAAAAUGAAUAAUUAAAUGAAAUAUCACAUUGAUUUACUUUCAAUUAAAAAAUGUUGUAUUUCUCUUAUCGGACAUAAUCGACAUAAAAACGUGCAAGAUAUCUAUUUAAACGAAAUUUUAUUCUAUUUGAUCGUUAUCGAAUAGUUGCUAUUCUCCCUGGCGUCUUUCAGUGGUGAUAUUUGGAUCUGUCCAAUCAACAAUCGUCUAUAUUGGUGUCAUUUUUCGAUAAUUGUCUAAUUAAUAUAUUGAUCGAGAAUGAAGCUGCAGACGACUGCAUUGUUUUCGUGUAGUUUUGCUGCAACCUUAUUACUAAUAUCGCUCGCGGUGUUCCACGCGAAAUGUUCCUAAAAAUUUGUAACAUAUCACACGAAUAUACGAACACAUUUGCACUUGCAUACAUACAGAAAGAAACACAACAUAUAUGUGUGUCUAUUACGACGACGCAUGCAUGAGAGCACACAUUCACACACACUAACAAGUAUGUCAAAGAGAAAAGAUUAAAAGUGGAAAUGCAUACCGGGCGAGCGUAAUAUAGUUUUAAGCAAGGGUCACGUAUUGUACGUAUGUGUUGUACAUAGCCUAAAUAAAAAUUACAUUUAAAACUAAACGCGCUGUUCUCAAAUAUUCCACUUAAAAUAACCAAAUUGAGAAACGUAAAGGAAAUAUGAGAUAAAGAAAGCACAAACAAACUUUAACGAAUAGACCGCGGAUUUUUAUGCAUUUAUGUUACUUUUGUUGCUUUUUGAUCACUAUGGUGUAUUUUUUUCAGAUGAUAAUCCCUUAUUCCAAAUUAAAUUCGCUAAUCCACAACCAGCUUUCUUCACCUAGAUUCCAAAAGCUUCCUCAAUUUGCUUGGAGCUCUCUCGUUGACGCUAAAACUUAUAUCGUCCAUUGUUGAAUAUCCAUUUCUUACAAAAGUAUGUAAAUUGUAAAAAAAUUUUUAUUCAAUUUUACAAUUAAAUCCUAUAUGUCAAACGUCAAUUAUGCUAAUGAAGUUAAGUGUAAUAAUCGCUAAUUGUAAGUACAAUUUUUGUAUUUCUAUUCAUAAAAAUGUUAAUACAUUUAUAAUAAUUAUGUUUGUGACAACGAAUUCAAGAGUAACUAUACAAUACAAAUACGAUUAUGUACAAAAUAUUUCUAAAACUAAUCAACAGUGUUUGUCGAUUUUACCUAGAUUUGAUUUUAUAUCUGAUUGAUUGUAUAUCUCAUUAUUCAAACUAGUUGCAUUUGCCUGAUCUUUUAAUUGUAUUGCAUAUAACAAACUUAUAAAUGCAAUUACUUUUAUGUAAAUUCACUCUAUAUUUUCUUUUUUCAAAAAUGUAUUCUCUAUGUUGAGAUCACAGAGUAGUAACGAUUUCAACUUGUAUAGAAUUGAUAUAAACUAAACAUGGAAUUUAAUAUGAUAAUAUGCUUCUCUGUCUAGUACAUUUUAGUACAUUCUAUAUAGUAUUUUUAUCAAUAGAACAUCAUUUCUGAAAAAAAAAAAAUAAA